UGGGGUCAAUUAGAAUAGAAGUACAUAACACACUGGGGUAAAAAUUGUGGAGUCUAGCGGACCUGGAGCAACAGGCAGAACCCAGUCUCCACCUCCACCAGGCGGAAGCCGGGUUGUGGACCUCCGACCUUCCCAAGGAGUAGGGGUUAGGCCUUGGGGGCAUAGCCAAGGAAGGCCUGGUUAGGACUCAGAAGAGGCGGACCCCGAGGGCCAAGAGACGGCAGAGAUCGCCGACUUCCAGAGGGCCUCCCCGAAUUCCUGAAGAUGCUGCUGGGAGGGGACUGACGCUUCCCCGCCUUGAUGGGGAGGGGGCGGCAGGAGGGGCUUAGUCUGGAUCUUCGAGCUGUGCUCUGUCUUCCCCGGAGCCCACUUUGGACCCCAUGGCUUUAGAGAGGGAGAAAUUGAGGGUGGUGGGGGAGGAGAUGGGGAGGGGGCGUGACUGGGUUGUAGGGCGGAGCUGGAGCUUCGGAGUCUGAAUUUAGAUCUGAAGACAAAAUGUGGAGGAAGAGGCGCGUCCAACGAGGGGCGUGGUUAGGAUGUUUGGGGCCCGCAUUCUAAUGGAGUUUAAAACAAGGAAAGGUGUUAGGACGUGAGGUAGAACCACAGCGCAAAUUUAGAUGGGAAUCCCUAACGCUGGUGUGGGGCGCAGCCAGCAGCAGAGAGCUUGGUUUAGAAUGGGGUGCUCAAACUAGUGGAGUGGAGGAGGAGAAAAGAGGCGGAAUCUGGAUUGAAGAUAGAUGAGGGUAGGGGGAGAAGACAGUGGAAUCGAAUGCUGGAGUAGCGUUUAACUUGGCUAAAGGCAAAUUACAACUGGGGUAGGACUUAAAAGGCUUGAGCUUGGCAAGGGAGCGGCGAAGCUAGAUGCCGGGAGAAGUCUGAGUUCCGAAAGGGGAUGGGUAGGGCGCGGGGAAGAGGAGAGAAAAGAGCGGAGGUAAGCUCCGGGGCGGGUAUAACGCCGAAGCCUGGUAGGAGUCGGCUGGGCCGAGACCAACAUUUGAGAAAAAGCAAGGUAUUGCAUGCUUGGGGCGGGGUCAGAAUGCUGUAGUUAAGCCUUGGCUUGCUAGUGUUUGGCCGGAGGCUGAGGAGGGGGCGGGCUUGGAGCGCGGAAGAGGCCCGCCCGUUCGGGGGCGUGCCCACGCUGGCGGGGGCGUGGUUGGGCGGGGGAGAAUUAGAGCCCGCAGGAGGCCCGCCCACGCGGGGGCGUGGCCACGCAGACGGAGGCGGGGUUGGACGGGGAGAGUUAAGCGCGGAGGCGGUCCCCCGGGGGGGGGGCGGGCCCUGUGCGGGCUGUGGCUCCCGGCCGAGUGGGCUGCGGGGAUGCGGGGCACGAGCUGCGUGGGCGGCGGCGGCGAGAGCCCGGGUGGCGCAGGGCUGAGCGAGGGCCCGCGGGGCCGUUGGCUGCGCCUAGCCCCGGUCUGCGCCUACUUUCUCUGCGUCUCGUUGGCUGCCGUGUUGCUCGCUGUCUACUACGGUCUCAUUUGGGUUCCCACGCGGCCCCCUGCAGCCCCAGCCGGCCCGCCGCCCAGCGCGCAGUCCUCUCCGUGCGGAGCCCGCGCGGGUGCGCUGCCUGCCCCGGCGCCCGCCGCCGCCUCGGUCGCUUGCCUCCUGGGAGCCCCUGGCGGGCCGAGACCCCAGCUCGAGCUGCCGCGCAGCCGCCGCCGCCGCCGCUACAGCGACCCCAGCCGCCGCCGCCGCCCGAGCCGCCAGACGCUGGGGAAGACGCAGGAGGCCGCGGGGGGCCGAGGACCUGGGUAACCUUCCUUUUCACCCAAGAUGGACCGCCAGCCUUCGAGAGCCCGGCGCUCUCGCCGCGGAUGCGCCGGUUCCGAAUUGGUGUCUGGCUCCCUCUGCAUGACUAGCGUUUGCGGAGCUGUCAUCCUGAAGAAUGGGGGGCGAAGGGGAGCCGGCUCUGGUCCUCGAUCCUCGCAGCUCCUCCGCCCUCAGGCCGGGUCCUCCACCAGGCAGACCCCAUACUGAUCACUGCCUCCUGCUCCUCCCUCCGUAGGAUUCUGUGCACGGAGCUCUCAGCCUGACCCUCUCCCUCCGUGUGCAUCUAUCCACCUGCAAUAAACUCCAGCCCCAGCUGC